GGGAGGGGAGGGGAGGGGAGGGGGCAAGGCAAGGCAUCAGGAGAAGCAAGGAGAACUACCUGGAAAUUGGAACUCGGUCUCUUCUGCGGACAGCCUGCAGCUGAAUAGCAGGGGCAAACCUGGUACAGUGAGGUGUGUUACAAGAGGUCAAGCUCAGCUUCCAGAUAGUUUCUCACAAGCAGGCAGCAGCGACAUAAUGAGCCGAAGAGGUGUUAGCACUAGCCAGAAUGCUGACACACCAUUGGGCCCUGAGACUGAGGCUGCGCGGCCGGCAGGCCGCCGCAGCCGAUACCUUGAAGCAGACCCUCUUGACGGCAUCCGGCGCAACGGUCGUACCAAACCCACUAGGCCAGAGGUCAGGGAGAAGCCGAACUUGGCUAGCAAAGAGAGGGGCAGUCCAGAUGAAGAAGCUCGUCACAGUGAUGCCUUUGCAAAUCGGUCCCCCUCACCCACAGGCAACACCAAACAGGAUUUGCAGACUCCUCCUAGCCUGGCAACUGAAGCACAGUCGCAUCGGAUGACGCGAGUAGCAUUCAGAAGAAAGAAGCACGCAUGGUUGAUGAGUGAUGGGGUUUCAGCUUUCGACAAGAAGUAUGAGAAUCAGCUGGAGCGCUUUUUGGGAGCCUUGGUGCAAGCAGAUCACAGGUUGAUUGGGGCUCAUGCCGGACAUAGAAUCCAAAUUGUCGAUUGCAGCUUGGGCCUGGAAGGAGAACUUGGGGUGGAUGGAUUCAUGAAGGAGGUGUAUGGCCGACUUGAUACAGUUUUAUCUCAAAGAGACUCGUGGGAGACUCGCUUCAGAGAAUUGGAAGCCUUUGCCGAGAAGAACGGGAAGCUUCCUCGACGCUUGGCAGCUGGUUGCGAUCGUGCUGAGACAGUGCUGGGCAACUGGUUGAUUACCCAAGCCAGGCGCCUCAGGUUGCAGCAAAUGCCAGCCCACCAACUUCAAAGACUGCUGAACGCAAGAUCCGAUCAUAUCCGCAGGCGUGCUGAAGGCUGGAUGGCCGGUGGCCGUGUUGGCCGCUUCAAGCAGAACUGCCGGGAGCUGAAGGAGUACAUAGAGACGAAUGGCAAACUUCCAACCAGGACGCGAACCAAGCGCAACUGGCGCAACUCUUCCAGCAACCGGCUGGCGAACUGGUUCAAGGGAGUUCAAGACAGGAGAUCGUAUAAUGACAUGCCGGAGAGGAGGAAGAUGCUGGGGGAAGUGCAUCCUUUGGUGAAAGAGCGUUUGCAGGAAUGGGACGACAGUCCUGUACAGGUUGACCUGGCACGAUGGGAAAAGCAGUUGGAGAAAGUCCUCCACAUCGUGAAGCAUGGGCGGCUCCCAAAACGAAUGUUGGAAAACGCAGAGUACAAAUGGCUCUGGGUACAACUCCGACGACUCGACGCUUUGCCGCCUGAGCUGGCAAAGCGACUGCGUGGGUCUCAUCCACUCAUCGCAGCAGAAGCUGCCAGGACCUCAGGAGGUGUUGAUGUUUGUGAGUCAUACUGUAUCCAAAGCGUGCGAAAGGCUUUCUUUUUUGUCGGGGGGCUUAGGUUGUGACAACCUAGCUAGCAGGUGGUAUUUUCCUUUUUUCCUACCCAUGAGGCCAGGGGCCGCAGAGGUGUGACACCAUUGGCUUCCCCGCAGACGUAAGACCAUCGAAAUGGAUCCAAAAAGGAAUUCGUGUUGAAUCCCCGCCACCCGAGACAAUGUAAAACAUUGUAAAACUAUAUAGUUAAUAUAGUUCUUGGUUUAGUAUGGGCUUACGGUGGCACUUGGCAAUGAGAAGGGUGGACCGUCUUGCUGGACCAAAAUGUUCCCCGACUGUGGCGCGACGGGUUGCGGU